GGUGGUACUGGGCAGUCUGUUUAUUAUGCUGGUGCUUACUGUGCGUGAGACAUCUUCUGUCGCUUACUCUUCCCGAGUCUUUGCUUUUUAGCCUUCUUUACUGCUGCCCGUUCUUUCUUUUUAUGUUUGGGCUUGCCAUCUGUGCCCUCUGCUGAUGAGAGUGCAUUUUUUAUUUUCUCUUCUACUUGUGACUUCUUUCUUCUUUCUUGUCUUGAUGGUCGUUUAAAUGCAGUUACUUUCUGGGGCUUUCUUGAUUCCGUUAAGUUUUCCUCUAUUUGCCGCAUUUCUUUUUUUGACUUGACCCUCUUCCCGGGGUGAAUAAUCAGUGGAAUGUGUGCAUACGAGAGUUUCUGCAGUAAUUCUGCGUACUGCGUGGUUGCCUGGUUAAAUUCCUUCUCCCUCCUUAUGUCCUCCUCAACGGGAAUUUGUUCUACGCUUGUUAUUCCGUGGUAUGCCAUAAAAAUUUUACAAAAAAUGGAUAAAAGAACACUUGGUGGAAAGAAGAAAUUAGUAUUCGAGCCAAAGAUGCCCACCCGGCCACUGGAAGAACAGCCUGCAUCCACACCCACAGCACCACCGCAUAAUGAAGUCCGAAGGAAGGAGGUCACUCCCAGGCAUGUAAAACCGUCUAAGCAUCCACAGGCACCGGUGGCAGUGACUCUUAUGGGGGGCGAGAAAGAGUCAAAACCCUUCCUGUUCUCUGCGAAUAACUCUGAGGAAAUAACUGAUGACCAUCUGGAAAUGGUAGACGAUUCUCCAUUAACGGUGAAUAAAAUACUUAAUGCGGUUAAAAGUACGGGGGUAUCUGAGUGUGCGAGUGUUUUAUGCCCAGGGAGCAGGGUCCUCCUACAAAUUCCGAAUAUUUUACCAGCGGGUAAUUGUAGAUACAUAAAUGGGAAACUGCGUAUUGUAAAUAAUGAGAUGUACCUUCACUUGACUGGUCGUAUUUCUGUGGGGUCUUCAGUAGAAGAGCAUGUCUUUCAGAUUACGCCUGUGCGUGUGGGGAUGUCUCAGGAGGGGUACAGGAUUACGAGUGGGGAUACUUCUAUUAGUAAAAUGGGACGGGUUAAUACGAAAUUUAUUUCUUCUGUGGUACGACAGGCUAAGUAAUAAAAGC